CUCCAGCCAUUGGUGUCUGUGUCAUUACUAAUAGAGUCUUGUAAACACUCGUUAAUCACGUAAGGCAGCCGGCCAGGGGCUCCGCACACCAGCCUGUGGCGGGGCUUCCCCGCCUCUGCAGCGUAGUGGCAAGGAGGUGGGAGGAAAGAAGGAAGAGAGGGAGGAGGCUGGUCAGAGGGAGGGACUGCCUCGGAGGCAGAAGCGCUGCAAGGAGCCAGCCGUGCACCGGGCUGAGGCGCAGCCACCCGUCGCUCCUCUCGCCCCCUUGUCCCUUCCCCUCCGCGCCCUGCGCUUCCCGCAGCCUUCAGCGUUCGUCCCCAGGCAGCAUGGUGAGGUCUGCUCUCGGUCCCCCGCCACCAUGUACGUGAGCUACCUCCUGGACAAGGACGUGAGCAUGUACCCCAGCUCCGUGCGCCACUCUGGCGGCCUCAACCUGGCGCCGCAGAACUUUGUCAGCCCCCCGCAGUACCCGGACUACGGUGGUUACCACGUGGCGGCGGCGGCGGCUGCGGCGGCGAACUUGGACAGCGCGCAGUCCCCAGGACCGUCCUGGCCCGCAGCGUAUGGUGCCCCGCUCCGAGAGGACUGGAACGGCUAUGCGCCUGGGGGCGCAGCCAACGCGGUGGCCCACGGCCUCAACGGAGGCUCCCCCGCCGCCGCCAUGGGCUACAGCAGCCCGGCAGACUACCACGCUCAUCACCACCCGCAUCACCAUCCGCACCACCCUGCAGCCGCGCCAUCCUGCGCCUCCGGCUUGCUGCAGACGCUCAACCCCGGCCCUCCAGGGCCCGGCGCCACUGCCGCAGCUGAGCAGCUGUCCCCCAGCGGCCAGCGGCGGAACCUGUGUGAGUGGAUGCGGAAGCCAGCGCAGCAGUCCAUGGGGAGCCAAGUGAAAACCAGGACAAAAGACAAAUACCGAGUGGUAUACACAGACCACCAGCGGCUGGAGCUGGAGAAGGAAUUUCACUACAGCCGCUACAUCACCAUCAGGAGGAAAGCUGAGCUUGCUGCCACACUGGGGCUCUCUGAGAGGCAGGUUAAAAUUUGGUUUCAGAAUCGCAGAGCAAAGGAAAGGAAAAUCAACAAGAAGAAAUUGCAACAGCAGCAGCAGCAGCAACAGCAGCAGCCCCCCGCACCUCCAACACAGCCUUCCCAGCCUCAGCCAGGCACGCUAAGAAGUGUGCCAGAGCCCUUGAGUCCUGUGUCUUCCCUGCAAGGCUCAGUUCCUGGUUCUGUCCCUGGAGUUCUGGGGCCAGCUGGAGGGGUGUUAAACCCUACUGUCACGCAGUGACCCCAGUGGUCUGGAGCUGUGGCAGAGCAAUUUCAGGCUGAGCCAUGAGGAACUCAGAUGCUGCUAGAAUCCUCAGAAGAGACC